AAAAAAAAUCAAAAAAAAAAAAUUUGUUUUUCUUUUUUUCCUUUUCCAUAACAAAAUGAAUAAUAAAAGAAAGGCACCAGAACAAGAUCCUAAAAAACAACAAGAUUCUUCUGAUGAAGACUCGGAUGGUACUGUUCAGGAUAUUGUAGACGUGGACUUUGAUUUCUAUAAUCCAGAAGAAGUUGACUAUCAUGCCUUGAAACGACUUUUAUCACAAUUGUUUUCCUCGGAUGCUGAACUGAUUCAAAUAGGUGAUCUGGCUGAUAUUAUCAUUGAAGAAAACCAUGUUGGUACAACUAUCAAGGUAGAUGGACAAGAAUCUGAUCCUUAUGCUAUUUUAAGUGUGAUUAAUUUGAAAGAACAAAAGGAAAAUCAAGGUGUUUCAUCAUUAUGUCAAUAUCUGUCCAACAAAUGUCCAAAGAAGGAUCAAACUAUACACAAAACAAUCAUGAAUAUAUUUUCAUUGGAAAAACCUGUUGGUUGGAUUGUAUCUGAACGAUUUAUCAAUAUGCCUGUUGAAGUCAUGCCUCCCAUGUAUAACCUAUUACAACAAGAAAUGAAGAAUGCUGUGGACAAUAAUGAACCUUAUUCAUUUGAAUGGUACAUGUUUAUUGUCAAAGUUUAUAAGGAAGUCUCUCCAUCGGUGGAUGAAGAAGAAGAUGAUGAUGAUGAAACAUCUAUUAAAAAUAAACAGCCACCUUCCAAAAAGAAAAAGGGAAAGAAAUCAAGUGGUGGAACUCCUAUGAGUGAAACCUUUUAUUUCCAAGCUGAAGAUGAAAUCAUUGCAAGUUAUGCCUCUCAUCAAUUCGACUUUAAAUUUACCAAUAGUGAAAAGGAAGCCGCUUCUGAUUCUAAACGUGCUUUUUCUGAAUUUGGUAUUGCUCCCUCUAGAAAACUCUUGUUUGUACAUCAUUCCAAAUUUGCCAACCUUGUAGAUGAAAUUGAAAAGACUUGUUCCAAUAUCACACCCGUCUCAUGAUCCCCCUCCUUUUUAUUUACAUUAUUAUCUUUUAGCAUCUAUCAUCAUUAUUUUUUUUCUUUAUCAUUUAAUAUAAUACUCAAUUUAUUUUGUUUUGUAGUAUAGAUACAUUGUUUGUUUUUAUUUCUGUAAGGGAACAUUUUAUAAAAGAGUUUAUACAAAUCUUUUUGGUUAGCGGAGAAUGGAAAAAGAUAGUACAGGAUUCCCUCACUUUUUGAAUUCUUUCCUUUUCUUUCCAAAUAUAAUCUUUUUUUUUUUUUU